CGGGCCGGGGGUGGGGGGGGGCGCGGAGCCGGGCUCCGGGCCGGCCGGGCUCCGCGCCUGUCAAACCCCUCAUUGUUCGCAGCUGAUGUCACUCGCAGUUGUGAGCGGCCGCCUCUCCCGGGGACAAUGUGGGACUGAGCGGCCCAGCCGCCGCGCCGCCGCCGCCGCAGGACAGCCCCAGCGAGAGCCGGCCGGGCCCCAGCGUGGACGCAUUCCCAGGCGGCCUCGGCCCCAGCCCCGCCUGACAGGAUGAGCGGCUCAGAUGCGGGGCUGGAGGAGGAGCCAGAGCUCAGCAUCACCCUCACGCUGCGGAUGCUGAUGCAUGGGAAGGAGGUGGGCAGCAUAAUUGGGAAGAAAGGAGAGACAGUGAAGCGAAUCCGGGAACAGAGCAGUGCCCGGAUCACCAUCUCUGAGGGCUCCUGCCCUGAGCGCAUCACCACCAUCACUGGGUCUACAGCAGCUGUCUUCCAUGCAGUCUCCAUGAUUGCCUUCAAGCUGGAUGAGGACCUCUGUGCUGCUCCUGCAAACGGGGGGAGUGUCUCCAGGCCUCCAGUGACCCUGCGCCUUGUCAUUCCUGCAAGCCAGUGUGGCUCGCUGAUUGGGAAGGCUGGCACCAAGAUUAAGGAGAUCCGAGAGACUACAGGUGCCCAGGUGCAAGUGGCAGGGGACCUGCUCCCCAACUCCACAGAGCGUGCUGUCACUGUGUCUGGGGUGCCUGAUGCCAUCAUCCUGUGUGUGCGCCAGAUCUGUGCUGUCAUCCUGGAGUCCCCACCCAAAGGAGCCACUAUCCCAUAUCAUCCAAGCCUCUCCUUAGGUACUGUCCUUCUCUCCACCAACCAGGGCUUCUCCGUCCAGGGCCAGUAUGGGGCUGUGACCCCAGCUGAGGUCACCAAGCUCCAGCAGCUCUCGGGCCACGCAGUCCCCUUCGCCUCACCCAGCAUGGUGCCAGCAGGACUGGAUCCUGGCUCACAGACCAGCUCGCAGGAGUUCUUGGUUCCCAAUGACCUGAUUGGCUGCGUGAUCGGGCGCCAGGGCAGCAAGAUCAGUGAGAUCCGGCAGAUGUCAGGGGCACAUAUCAAGAUUGGGAAUCAAGCAGAGGGUGCUGGUGAGCGGCACGUGACCAUCACUGGUUCCCCGGUCUCCAUCGCCCUGGCCCAGUACCUCAUCACUGCCUGUCUAGAAACGGCCAAGUCUACCUCUGGGGGGACACCCGGCUCAGCCCCCACAGACCUGCCUGCCCCCUUCUCGCCACCCCUGACGGCCCUGCCCACCGCUCCCCCAGGCCUGCUGGGCACGCCCUACGCCAUCUCCCUCUCCAACUUCAUCGGCCUCAAGCCUGUACCCUUCUUGGCUCUACCACCUGCCUCCCCAGGGCCGCCGCCGGGCUUGGCGGCCUACACUGCCAAGAUGGCAGCGGCCAAUGGGAGCAAGAAAGCUGAGCGGCAGAAAUUCUCCCCCUACUGAGGCCGGCUGAGGCAAAGGCACGGGGGCGGGCCGGACCGCCGGCAGGGGGCUGCCUCUGCUACCUGCCCAAGGAGACUCCACUCCGGGGGGGUCCCAAAAGCCGCUAAUGCCCAGUCGCAUGGAUGCACCCCCCCGCCCUGCCCCGGUCUGUGGGAGUUCCUGCUCUCGGAGUGGGGGCGGUUUCUGGCCCAGGGUUCUGGGAGCUGCGGCAGCCCCAGGGUAGGGGGCUUGACCCCCUCUAGCUCUGUGCUUGGAUGCAGGGAGCAUCCUAAGUGUCCCCACUUUGGGGGGGGGGUCACUCAUGCACUCCCCAUCCCUCAGGGCUUCCCUGCCUACUGUCCCCCUGUGGGGAUCAGGGAGGAGGCCUAGGGGUGGCUGGGGGCCAUGCUUCUCUCCCCACCUCCCUGCAGAUUCCUGCUGCUUCCACUGAUACCCUUUUGACUGGAAUGGACUAGCUGGGCUUGGCAGAGGGCAACCCGAAGAGGGGGCACUGCCGGGCAGCUGGGGGAGUGGCAUGGGGGCAGGGGCCGAGUUCUCAGCAGCAGACACUCUGUACAGUUUUUUCAAUUCCUGUUUUUGAAUAAAUAUUCUCAGAGACCAG